AUGAUCAACGACAGCCAACGUGCUGUUCUGCCAUCGUGCUUCAAUGCAACAGUUUGUAAGCGAUUUGAGGAGGUUGAUCACUGCAUGCAAGAACUCAAAAAUGAAUAAUCAUUAAAUUUUUCCUCCCCUUUCCCAUCCACCAAAACACUUCCCUGAAGUCCAAUAAGAACAAUACGUAGAAGCAAAGCGCCAAAACGUUUGGGCACAAGAUUCCUUGCCUUAUGUGCGUCCCCCGUCCCAACCCCGGACAGUAGGCAGACCGUUUCCCCGCCGCUCAGAUGUGUGCCCCCUGAGCUCCUUGCUUAGGGCAAUUUACUCUUUACUCGUGCAUUUAAGGUCCAAUACAGUUUUUUGUCACGUUGAAGAUAAUUAUGCAACAGAACACAGCCUGACUUGUGACAAAGAAGGGGACACAAUGGGAGACGCUGAGAAUGACACAGUGCUUUCCAUAGCAGCCCUGGGCCGUUCUUUCCGCCUGGGGAUGCUGUAUGACAGCAGGACUGAGACGUUGGUCCCUGGCAUAACGCUGUGGGAUGAGGCCACGCUUAAGAACAGAACAGAGCAGCAGCAGCAGACGAGUGAGUUCCAUGUGAGGUGCUCCGACUCGCUGGAUGACAAGGCUUCCGCACUGGAUGUAGCUGCUUCGCUCAAGCUCAGUAUUCUGGGUGGUUUGUUGCAAGCAGAAGGAGCCGCGAAAUACCUGGAUAACAGAAAGACUUCCGAACACCAGGAACGCGUAACCUUGCAGUACAAGUGCACCACAAGGGUAGAGAGCAUGACCAUGGAACAGCUGGGCCAAGGUAAGAUUGAGCACCCAGAGGUUUUCGACCAUGGCACAGCCACACACGUCGUCACCAGCAUCGUCUACGGGGCACAAGCAUUUUUCGUAUUUGACAGAACACUCUCAGCUUCAGAAAGUGAAAAUAAAAUACAGGGAAAUGUUCAUGCUGUAUUCAAGAAAAUUCCCAUGUUUAAAAUGGAUGGAAGAGGAGAGUUAGACAUGACAGACGAUGAACAGAAAAAAAUUGAAAACUUUCAUUGCACAUUCAUUGGUGACUUUCUGUUAGAUGAGAACCCUUCCAAUUUCACGGAUGCAGUCAAGCUUUACCAAACACUUCCAAAGCUUUUGGGAGCGAAUGGAAAAAUGGCAGGUCCUCUUAAAGUAAAACUCUACCCACUUUCCAAAAUUGACAGGAAAGCCUCCAGACUGGUUCGUGAAAUCAGCAUUAGCCUCGUCAAAGCAGUAGAAGUUUUCUUUGAGGAUCUGCAUGAUUUAAGUGUAAAAUGCAAGGAUAUUCUGAACUCUGAUAAAAUAAAGCGUUUUUAUGCCUUCCAGCAGCAAAUGAGAGACUUCCUAAAUCUAGUAGAGAAAUAUAAAGGCAUAAUACAGAAAAAGGUGGGAUAUGCGUUGCCUCAGAUCCGAGGCGGCGGGAAAGAAGAGAGAUACCUCCUGGAGCUCUUCACUAAGAUACGUCAGUCACCAAUCAGUGUUCUUGCUCUUCGCUCCUGGCUUGAAGCAAAGGACACUCAGAUCAGCGUCCUCAACGAGUAUGUAUUGGCCAUGUCUGACAUAAAAUUUGUCACAUCACCAGAAUUGAUGGCUUCUCUUUUGAAACUUGACAAUACUUAUUCCUUAUGCUUAACCAUUUCCAUGCCAUCUAAUGAUUCUCAGCUAGAAAAAAUGAACCAAUAUUGCGAUGGAGAUCAAUUUUCAAACAUAAAUGAGAUACCAGGUAAUGCGAGCAAGGCAGCUGACCACACAGACAGCAUGCCCAUGACAGGCAUAACAGGUGUCCUGGAGACCACAGCAAACCAAACAAACAGCACGCCCAUAAUGGUGGUAGCUAGUGGGUUUAGGGAUUUUUACAACGCCAAUAAGACCAGGAAAGGGAUCUCCUUUUCAAUAGCACAAGAAUUUACAGAGUGCAAUAUAAUCCAUGCUCGUGUUAAAUGCUACAAACAUGGCAGACAGAUUAGUGAUGAUUAUAAACUGCCAUCAGCACCAGAAAAGAUGAAGGAGUUAGUCGCAGACAAGAAGCAUGAUAGCGUCACGGUCAGCUGGAGCCCACCUGAGUAUGGUGCUUCUACCAUCACCUCUUAUGUGGUCAGCUGCUGCAAGGACUCCAUACAACAGGUCAUCUUAAAGGUCACAGAUCUUGAUAAAAACCAGGCCACCGUUUCAGGUCUGGCUGCCAACACGGAGUACGAGGUGCGAGUGUGCGCUUCGUGUGAGGCAGGGGACGGUCCAUUUGGAGAUAAGGUAACGGUGAAGACUAAACCUGCCAGUCCCCCAGAAAUGCUUCGGGCAAUGAAGGAAUCUCCAAAAAGAGUCUUUCUCACAUGGCAGGCCCCAACAUGUGUGGCCGAUGGUUGCAGUGUCCAGCAGUAUAUCAUCAAGCAAGAAACAAAACCUGGUCACUGGGAAGAAAGCCUUCGCAUUCCCUCAAAUAAUUUGUCAUGCAAAGUGGAAACCACAAAAACUAACCCCAGCUACAAGCUUGCGGCAUGUUGCGGCUCAGCUGGACUCACCUGUGACAGUGAAGCUUGCACCAUUGAUCUUGCCAAACAGAACACUUGUGAAAACUUAAAACAAUACGUCUGUGCCAACUCAACCUUAAUUCCAAGUGACAUUCGUAUCUACAAGCCAACGCUACAGUUGGUCUACAGCGAUUUAAAGAAUAACCUUGAAAAAUACGAGUUUGGAGAGCGUAGGUUCAAUGUUCCAGAGAGAGUGAUCAUGCUGGUAGGAGCGACAGGGUCCGGCAAGACAACGCUCAUUAACGGUAUGAUCAACUACAUCUUCGGAAUUCAAUGGAAAGAUACAUUUCGCUUCAAGUUGAUCACAGAGCCUAAUGCACAUAAGCAGUCCAAGAGUCAGACCACCAAGAUCACUUCGUACACUCUCCAUCACAUGGAAGGCUUUAAAAUUUCCUACACCCUCACCAUCGUCGACACUCCAGGCUUCGGUGACACGAGUGGCAUCGAGAGGGACAGAGAGAUCACUGAAACUAUUAGGAGGUUUUUCCAGACUCCUGGUACAAAUGGCAUCAAUCAUAUUGACGCUAUUGGUCUUGUGGUCAAUUCUUCACUGGCCAGACUUACAGGACCACAGAAGUAUAUCUUUGACCAAAUUUUGUCUGUUUUUGCCAAGGACAUUGCUGACAACAUAUUUCUUCUUCUCACCUUUGCUGAUGGCAACGACCCACAGGCCUUAAGUGCAAUCAAAGAGGAUAAGAUACCACAUCAAGCCUAUUUCAAGUUUAACAACUCUGCAUUAUAUACUUUCCAAAGUGAGGAGCGUCAAGGUGCAGACUAUGACAGUGAUGAUGAAGGAUUUAAUGAAAUGUUCUGGAAAAUGGGGGUCAAGAGCUUUGUCAAGUUCCUAAAUCAACUCAAGACUGUGGAAAGCAAGAGUCUCACUCUCACUCAAGACGUUCUCAACGAGAGGAGCGCUCUUCAGACCUCUAUUGAAGGCAUACAGGUGGAUAUCAGGAAUGGACUCAGUACUCUGGAGAGGCUCAGGAAAGAAAUGGCAAUCUUAGAAGACCAUAAGGCAGAUAUCACAAGGAACAAAGACUUUGAGUAUGAAGUUGAGGAAGAGGUGCAGGUACAAGUCGGUACUCCUGUUGCUCAUUAUGUAACUAACUGCCUUCACUGUAACCGGACGUGCCACGCAGAUUGUGCAUUUGCUGAUGACAAAGACAAGAUCCGGUGUUCGGCCAUGAAGCCCAAUGGCUACUGCAAGAUUUGUCCCAAUGAGUGCUUCUGGGAGCUGCACAGGAACAUGCCAUACAAGUAUGAAACACAGCUGAGAAAGACUAAGAAGACAUACAGUGAACUUCGUGACAAAUACGAAAAAGCCACCCGGGAAAAACUUUCCGCUGAAAAAUUGGUUGAGGAAAUCAAUGGCGAGUUUGAUGCUUUACAGAUAAAAGUUUUAUGGAUGACAGACUGUGUGAGAAAAUCACUCCAGAGACUUAAAGAAAUUGCUCUCAGACCAAGCCCAAUGUCCACAGUAGAAUAUGUGGACGUUCUCAUUGAGUCUGAAAAGAGUGAGGCACGGCAGGGAUGGCAGGCCAGAGUGGACCAGCUCAGGAAGGUCAGAAAAGAGGCAGAACAGAUGGAAAAAAUAGCCAACGAUGGCUUUGAUCCGUUUGGCCAGUAUAUAGAAAAUCUCCCGGUGAAAAAGGUCAAGAUAAAGAGUGGGAUGUUUAAUAGAGGCUACAACUUCAUCAAGAACAAAUAUAAUGAAACUGCUGCUUAUUUCUCAGGAAAAAAAUCAAGCCCUUAUUAAAUGAAAAAUAUAAUAACUUCAUUUGUAGAAAAGCACGUGGAGAAAACAAAGAACAUACACACAUAGACACACAAUUCAUGAGCAGAUAUGAAAAUCAAUGUGUGACUGUUGAAAGAACAUAAAGUAACGACAAAAAUCAAAGGUGUUGCAUUCUUUUCAUGAGUUGUCGACUCAAGAUUCCACUUGAUGAGUGACAGUGACCGCCUUUAGUAGUGUCCAGCAGUGUCCAGUGGUGCCUGGCGGGAGGCGUCGUGGCAGGUGCCUGUUUCCUGUGUGGCAAUGGUGCACUAGUCAUUGCACACGGAUGGCCAGAAUUAACUCUUGGACUAUGAAGCACGCCACUGCGCUCAUUUAAAUGUAAUUGCACUUCAUGAUCCUAUGAAACAAAAAUAAAACUAGAGGCACUAAAAGACUCUGACUUCUCGAUACUGUUGUCAGUGGUGUCUUUCAGAAUUAAACCUCAAAAUUUGUACCUGGCCAUUUAAUUACGUUUGAGUACGUAGAAGCCACAGCAGUCAAAGAGUUAGUGCCGUCAUGCCACCCACAUUCCUCUGGUAAGAUGAACUGUGUGUGAGGGGUGGGUUAGCCUUGUCUUCUUCUCCUUGUUGCCUUCAUGAAGAUCCACAUUUGAGCCAAACCCACGGAAUGCUGUAACGCCCCGCUCCCGCUGACACCAGUCCAGGGCCAGGGCUGACCUCACACUGAAUGUUAGUGUUAUACAUGUAUCCUUGCUGUGUCUUUAAUAUGAUUAAGAAAUUUUGAAAUGUUUGCUUGACUUACAUUUUACAUACAUUUCAAAAUAUAUCAAAGUGAUUGUAGAUGUUACAUUAAUUUAUCAUUUAUUAUACCACAUUAAGGAGUUGCCUACUAGAUUAACUAGAGUAUACCUGUGCAUUACUGUACUUUUCACUGCUUUCUUACCUAGAGAUAAGGGUGCAUUUUUAAGCAACAAUUAGUAAUGUAAUGUCUUAUAGUACUUCAAGAAGUGUGGAACUGCUUGUUGCAUUCACACAUGCGAGAUGUGACAAAAAGUCCCGAGGAUUCGUCCACAGCAAAACUGUAGUUGACCGAAACUGAGCCGCCGCCUGCUGAGGAGCGGUCACCGCGAGCAGCGGUGCGCCGCCCCGCGCAUGCCUUGCUGGGCCAACUCUUGUUCUUCAACGCGCCAAGCACUGCCUGUCACUCACGCCUGGUCUUCUCUGCCGUGUCAAAGCGGCGAUGGGGAAGAAGUAUCAACUUGGAAGAAAAAAGAAUGUUAAUCGAACUAUGACUCCAUGUUACUUCAUAGUUUAUUGAUUUGUUAUUGUAAGAGACUUGGCAGACUUGCCAAUGUAUCACCAAUAUAAUGAAUGAUCUGUAAUGAUUAAGGGAAUUUGGAUGUGUUGUUUAAUUUAGGCAUAGGAGACACUCCAUAUUGAAAACACCUUCGUCAGAAGAAUGUUAAUACAAUUCUUUGUGUUCAUUCUUAACACUAGAGAACAAAAGAGGUGCAAGAGUGCUUAUAAAGUUGAGCUGCUGCUCGGACAUGACUUGUGCACUGCUUCUUAUUUACCUGUCAGUACUGUCUUAUUGUUUUCCCACUUAUUAGCAUUUUAUUGACUUCCAGCGUGGGAAACUUUAGUUAAAUGUCUCCAUUUUUAAGUAACAUUUAUUAAUGUGAUGUUUGAUAAAGUUUAAGGAGUAUAAAACAGAUUGGCUGAUUCAUUCACACAUUUGGUUAUAAUUAUAACUGUAUCUUAUUACUAAUAAAUAUUACAUUUA